AAAGUGUACUUGCAAGGUGUUAAUUUUUUUCCCAGUGCUGACCCGCGAAACAGCAACAAACAAUAAGAGCCCCCGAUUCAGUGUGCGGUAAAAUGCAGCAGGAUAGCAUCCUUUGGAGAUAUUUGAGUGUAGCCCAAGCCAGUGACGACGAGAGGGUCUGACCCCCGCAGCAGCAGCAGCAGAAGCGGUGGCGGCGGUGUCUGUGAGAGGGUGUACCCGAAAGGAGACUCCAAUCGAGAAGUGAAGAGCCAAGAAAUGGCUGCAGAACCGAUAGCCAGCGGCAGCGGAGGAGUAGCCCAGAAAAUGCUGGUGGAGAUCACCACAGACGGAGUGCCCAAGCUCCACUGUCCCGUAUGCAACAAGGCACUGAUCUCUCUGGCCGGCUAUGUGAAGCAUGUGAAGAAGCACCAGCCGCCGGGUGGCUUCCAGUGCCGCCAGUGCGACGUCCGCUACUGCCACGAGGAGGAACUGUCGCAGCACGUGAAGACCGAGCAUGCCUCCACAGCGGAAGACGAACGGAACAGAUUUGUGUGCGACAAGUGCGGGACAGACUACAAGUAUCUGGAGGCGUACAAGCGCCACUGCAAGACAAAGUGCCAGCAAGCCAUCGAUCCUGAUGAGACGACUCCCAAGGAGAGUCUUCCCACUAAAGAAUCCACGGCUGCAGCCGGGGUGCGCCCAGUGGAGUGCAAGUGCUGUUCCACCCGUUUCUCCUGCUCCUCCAACCUCGCCAAGCAUCGACGCAGUCGCCCAGAGACCUGCGGAAAACUUGAACACAGUCCUGGCCCUUCGGAUCAGAAGAAGGAUAAGGAACGCAUCAGACAACGAACAAAGUUAAAGGCAGGCUCGUCCGACGAGGAGGAGGAUGCGACUGCAUCGGACAGCGACGAUGACAUUCCCCUGGCCAGCAGAAUCAAGACAAAGGCGGUGCCGGCACCGCCGCAGCUGAAGGAGGAGAACAUGAGCGACCAGCAGUCCUCGGACUCUGGCGACGAGUGCCCCGACUUUGAGCCAAACAACAGCGACGAUGAGGCGGACGCCUCACAGUUCCAGCUGCCUGCCCCGGCCAUGGUCAAGGUGGAGGCCUUCGACGAGGAUUUCGAGUACCAGGACGCCAGUCUGUUUGUGAAGACGGAGAGCGCAGACAUUUUCAGCAGCGAGAAGGACAAGCUGCUGGAUGUCCUGCUCAGCACGGACGAGGGCGAUGGCCUGAAGCCCUUCGAGAGCCUCAAGGUGGAGCAUGGCGGCGGAAUAUUGGACGAGAUAGCGGCUGUGCCGCUGGGAGAGCAGACCGAGACGGCGGAGACAGAGGAAGAUGUCCUGUCGCUGAGGCACAACUACGAGGAGAAGAAAAAACGGGCCAAGGACUCGACGGGCAAGCGGAAAUACCGCAAACGAGGCACCGUCAGAUCCCCCACACCCGAGGAGGCGCCGAGCACACCGAAGCGUGUGUCCAAGAUCACCAAAAAAGAACUGAAGGAGCGGCUGAAGAUGAUCAACAAGAUGGAGAAGACCUGGAAGUGUCCGCACUGUGUCAAGAUCUACCACAUACGCAAGCCCUACGAGAAGCAUCUGCGGGACGACCACAAGCUCACCGAGCAGGAUAUCAAGGACAUCUUCAAGGACGUUGACGUCCAUGCGAAGCUGGACGAGGAGGUGUUCAAGUGCCCCAUCUGCAGCAAGAUCUAUCUUGUGGAAAAGCGCCUCGAGACGCACCUAAAGGUCCAUGGGGAGGAUGGUAGUCUGAUCUUCAAGUGUCCCUGCUACUGCAAUCUGUUCUUCGCCAGCAAGGAGCUGGCGACGGAGCACGCCCACCAGCAGCACAAGGAGCUGCUGUACUGCGAGAAGUGCGACAAGUACAUGACCGGCCACGACAGCCUCAAGAACCACGAGAAGAACUUCCACUCGAAGAAGGAGCCGCGCAACCUGCCCCGCAACCUCAUCUGCGACAAAUGCGGCAAGAAGUUCACGGGCCGCACCUCCCUCUCGGACCACGUGCGCUCCGACUGUGGACGGCUGCCACUCUACCAGUGCAGCGUCUGCGGCAAGCGGCUCUCCACGGCGGGCAUCCUCAAGACGCACCUGCUGCUCCACCAGUCGGAGACGCCCUACCAGUGCGACAAGUGCGGGAAGACGUUUAAGGUUAAGGCCCAGUACAAGUCGCAUCUGAAGACGAGGCACACGGAGUACAAGCCGUACAAAUGCCACCUCUGCCCCAAGGAGUACCCCUACAGGGAGAGCCUGCUCACCCACAUGACGGUGCAUACGGGCAUCAAGCGCUUCCUGUGCAACAACUGCGGCAAGCGCUUCACGUGCAUCUCCAACCUGCAGGCCCACCGCAAGGUGCACGCCGACACCUGCGGCCAGCUGCCGCUGAACGCCAAGGCCACCCAGUACAUGGGCGUGCAGCGGGGCAAGCUGCUGAUGGGCGCCAAGCCCGAGGCUGGCAUGGAGUACGAGGAGACAAAGACUUUGAUUGCCCAGGACGUGAUCGACAAGGACAUGCCCAUGGCCCAGGAGCUGAACUUCCCCUCCGAUGGCACGGCGCCGCUGGCCACGGUGCCCCUUAACUACGCCUCCACGCACCUGGUCCCCCACAUCGUGCUCCAGACCAUGCAGGCCGAGGCCCGGCGGAUGGAUUAGCAUAGGACUUUGUAGAUUAGACACAACACUCAAUAAAGAUGCUUUUGUAACCGAUA